AUUACAUUUUUUUCUGUCAUGUGAUGCAUUGAAAUAACCUGAGGGAUUGUCCUGGACAGUGGCGUAGCUAUAGAGGUCGCAAAGGUGGCCAUUACGACCGGGCCCCUUAGCACAGGGGGCCCGUAGGGCCCCCCUGCCACUAUACAUUUCUACGGCCGCAGGUCGGGCCCCCAGGCACAGCCCCAGGUCCUGGGCCUGAAGGGGAGGCUUGUCGCCACAGACGCUGCGGCAGCGGAGCUGCCAGUACCAGGCCCGGCGCUAGCCUCAAACCCCCUUCCCCUCCCCUCCCCCGCCGUGGUCCCGGGCCUGAAGGGCAGACUUGUGGCAGCGGCGCGAGCCUCAACCCCCCCCCCCUUCUAUUACAACCCCUAAGCACACACCAUAAUGUUGCCGAGACGUACAGGCACUGCAGACACACUCCUAAUGCCUGCAGCAACGGACUAGCAGUGAGCGCAGAGGAGGGACAGGAUCACCAGCAGGUCUCCUUGCUGAACAUCAUGGCGGCCGCAGAGGAUGAGGAUCUACUGACAAAGUGAGGAGCCUAUGAUGUCCGGGUGUCAGACUCUGCAGAGAAGAUGGAGCUGUAAGACAUCCUGACGUCUGGACCAGAUGAAGAAGAAAAGGAAAGAAAAUAGAGAAGACGUCACUCAGACAUCCUCUUGUCAUCUAUAAAGAUGAAGAGCCUCCUUGGCAUCUUGAUGCUCCUCACCAACAUCUUGUACCAAUGGCAGGUACAUGCAGAAUUUUUCACUUCAAUCGGCCAAAUGACAGACCUUAUUUACAAGGAAAGAGACCUGUUACAAUCUCUAAAAGAGUACAUUCGCGAGGAGGAACAUCGCCUUUCAAAGAUUAAAAGCUGGGCCUCUCAAGUAGAAGAGCUUACAAGUAGAUCUACCUCUGAUCCAGAGGGUUACCUUGCUCAUCCGGUCAAUGCAUACAAGCUGGUAAAGAGACUGAAUACAGACUGGCUUUCACUUGAGAACUUGGUGCUUCAGGAUUCAACUAAGGGCUUUAUUGCAAAUCUCACCUUACAGAGGGAGUUCUUUCCAAAUGAAGAAGAUGAGACUGGAGCAGCCAAAGCAUUAAUGCGCCUCCAGGACACCUACAGGCUGGAUCCAGAUGUCAUAGCAAAAGGAGUGUUGCCAGGCACCAAGUAUGUCUCGUCUUUAUCUGCAGCGGAUUGCUUUGGCAUGGGAAAGAUUGCAUACCAUGAUGGGGACUAUUACCAUACUGUUCUGUGGAUGCAGGAAGCGCUCAAGCUGCUAGAUGAAGGGGAAGAGUCUACCAUAUCUAAAGUGGAUGUUCUUGACUACCUCAGUUACACUGUUUUCCAGUUGGGAGACAUUGAUCGGGCGGUAGAGCUCACAAGAAGACUGCUAGUAUUAGAUUCCAGUCAUGAUCGUGCAGGAACAAAUCUGAGAUAUUUUGAAAAACUACUGGAGAAACAGAGAUUUGAGGUGAAAGUUAACAAGACUGCAGACAAGGAACCUCCCACCGCAAAUUCUGGUGUCUACUCCAGACCCCUGGACUACUUGCCAGAGCGGGACACUUAUGAAGCCUUGUGCCGUGGAGAAGGAUUAAAAAUGACUCCACGAAGACAGAAGAAACUUUUCUGCCGGUAUCAUGAUGGAAACCAGAAUCCUCUUCUGAUUCUGAGUCCUAUUAAGGAAGAAGAUGAGUGGGAUAGUCCACGCAUUGUCCGCUACCUGGAUGUUUUGUCCAACUUUGAAAUCGAGAAAAUUAAAGAGCUGGCUAAGCCAAAGUUGGCAAGAGCUACAGUUCGGGACCCUAAAACUGGUGUUCUAACCACAGCCAAUUACAGGGUAUCUAAAAGUGCCUGGUUGGAAGAAUAUGAUGAUCCUGUCGUUGCUCAGGUGAAUCGUCGCAUGCAAGCCAUCACUGGCCUAACAGCUGACACAGCUGAACUGCUGCAGGUUGCAAACUAUGGCAUGGGAGGUCAGUAUGAGCCACAUUUUGAUUUUUCCAGGCGUCCCUUUGACCCCAAUCUCAAAACGGAUGGAAAUAGGCUUGCAACAUAUCUUAACUAUAAAGAGGAACCUGAUGUUUUCAAGCGUUUAGGGACUGGCAAUCGUGUGGCUACCUUUUUGAACUACAUGAGUGAUGUACAAGCUGGAGGUGCCACAGUGUUCCCAGAUUUUGGAGCAGCAAUUUGGCCAAGAAAGGGCACUGCAGUUUUCUGGUACAAUCUUUUCAGAAGUGGAGAGGGUGACUAUAGAACAAGACACGCAGCUUGUCCUGUAUUAGUAGGCAGUAAGUGGGUUUCAAAUAAAUGGUUUCAUGAACGAGGACAAGAAUUUCUAAGGCCUUGUGGAUUAACAGAAGUUGACUGACAUCCAGUAUUUUCAGCAAUUUUUUUUUCUAUUUUUUUUUUUUCUAUUUUUUUCAUUGUGUUUUUAGAACUUUUUACAAUUUCUCUAAAUCACUCCUGGUAUCCAGUGUGGUGAAACCAUGAAGAUUCUGGAAAUAUAAAGCCAUAUAACAAGUUCUACAAUUUGAUACUAAGAUACAUUUUUGGCAUAAAACAUAAGUUUGCUGACACUCCCAUACUCUCCGAUUAAUGUAACCUAACUGGGUUUUGUUGACUGCAACACAGCUAUAGAUCUAUACAUUGCAACAAAAAUGUUUACUUCUCAGAGGGUACAGAGGCUACUGCGUGGACUUGGGUUGGACUUAUUGUGGGAGGAAAAGCAUGUAUGAAAAUUCUAGGAAGCUGUGGCAUUAGUUUAUUUCUUAGAAUACCAGAUUGUGAUAUGAGGUGAAGCUGCAGCCACCCAUAACACACAAUUUAGCAAUUUGUAUGUUAGCUGGCUGUAGCAUCAUCUGACAUCCUAAACCAGUGUGCCAGCUGUUGCAAAACUACAACUCCUAGCAUGCUCCUAAACAUGCAAACCUGUAUCCCUCAUUUCCUAAAUCGAAACUGUGCCCGGCGCACAUGCCCUUCCAGCCUACCCCUUUCUAAACAUAUUAUUCUUUUGGUUCUGAAUAGAAGUGAUAUAUUUAUUAUUCUUAUCUUGGGUGCAGGCUGUAGAUGCAGUACAGUGGUCCCUCAACAUACGAUGGUAAUCCGUUCCAAACGGACCAUCGUUUGUUGAAACCAUCGCAUGAUGAGGGAUCCGUGCUAUGUAAAGUAUAGGUCAGUGGUCUACAACCUGCGGACCUCCAG